CCAUCACCUAUCUCAGUCGUCCAAUCGGUCGUCAUCCUGAAGCUAUCCCACCAGAGCCCAACGACACUACUUACAAAUGCUAAGGAUUUCUCCGAUCGUAGAACCGAACCGCCUUCACACCUCUCCGCAUUGGUGCGCCCUCCUUUCAAGAUGAGUUCCCGCUCAUUCUCCCAUCUUGCGUUUCCAUCCUUCUCAUGCAUCAGUCCAAUUCUGCAGACCCCUCAUCAUGGCAUAUCCACCAUCUCAACAGCCAGACUCAAUUGAUCAAGUUAUCCAGAGUGGACAGUCUCUUCAGCCUGUAAAUGCACAAGACAACAAGACUCACUCAAAUAUUAGUCUUAACAGGACAUCACCUCUACCCCCACUUCCCCAGAGUUCAGGAAGUCCGAGAAGAGAGAACGGCAUGAGACCAACUUCUCAUUCAUCCUAUGACGAUCAGCGCGCGGGGUCUUCUGGCCGUGGGGCGGAGAGAGAAAGUCCCAAGAAGAAAUCAAUGAGACAGAGUGAUGGAAGCAGCAGGAGCGGACAGACUGCGGUGGUGACUGCGCCUGGUCGUGACAAUAUGGCGGAUUUCUUUAGCUGGGAAGUCUUCCAAAUUGUCCUUCACAAUCCUACUACAGCACACCGAUUUCUUCGCUUUUGUCAGAGUAGAGCGUGCGGGGAGAAUAUGGAAUUUUUGCAGCAGAUUGACAAGUACAAUCGUCUCCUCGACGAAGUUACUCAGACCCUGGCUUCGAUACACAACACAUAUACCUCGCCCGAAGCCCCACGUCAAGUCAAUAUCUCGCAUCACCUCAUCAAACGCGUCUCUGCAGAUAUCCGACAAAGUACCCAGUUCACCCUACCCACGUUGGACUCGAUAUUUAUCAACGCACAAGAACACGUUGAGAAAUUGCUAGCAAGCGACAUAUACCCACGAUUCGUCAAACAUCAAGUCACGGCACAGGCUACAAUGGCAUUGGCAGAUCAUAGAGAAAGAUUUCAAGGACUAGGAGACUGCUUCUGCUUGACCGAUCCAACCAUUGCCGAUAACCCAAUCACAUUCGCAUCGGAUGGUUUUGUUUCGGUUACUGGCUACACGAGGAAGGAUAUCAUACCUCGGAACUGCAGGUUCCUACAAGGAGAGCAGACGGAUUCUCAAUCUACAAAACGAUUACGUGCUUCGAUCGAUAGCUGCGAGGAGACGGUAGAACUCCUGCUCAACUAUCGCAAGAACGGGGAUCCGUUCUGGAAUCUGCUUUAUGUCUCUCCGUUACUAAAUGAGCGUGGAGAAGUUUCGUUUUUCUUGGGCGGACAAAUCAACUGCUCAACGACAAUACAUUCUUGCACAGAUGUGCUUCGAGUACUAAGCGUCAAUGAUGAUGAACUGGACAAGUUGGAUGAAAUGGCAAGGAACAAACCGCCAAGUGUCCGGAGCCAGCCGUCGAAUUAUGGUCCCAAGCCAAGAAGUGCAUUCUUCAAGAGUUGGAGGAAAUACAAUGCAUCCUCCCUCCCAACCUCGAGUAAAGUCCGAGUGAGAGAAGAAGCAGGAAUGGAACAAGAACUAAUCAAGCGAGUCGGGAAACUAAGUUUUAGGACUCAAGUCGAAGCUUUCUAUACCGCUUAUUCCAAGUACGUAAUAAUGACCUGGAACCCUCAAACGCAAGGCCUCUCAAUCCAGCACUACUCCCCAGGCAUAAUCGACAUGCUCUGCCUCAACCUGCCCAACGGCUCCAUCGCACCCAUCUACAACAAAGACAUCUUCAAAGUGCUCUCAGAGCACACAUCCUCUGCUUCUUCAUCCUCGGCAGCUAAAGCGUUUAGAUAUUCAGUGAGAGAGUCGCUGAAGGUGGGGAAGGCGGUUAGUGUGGAGACGGGGUUGCUAACGGGGUUCGAGGAGAGGAAGGGGACGGGCUGGUUUGGGGGCAAGGACGAGGGCAUGAGGAGGGUGGAGGAGAGGUAUGUUACGCAUUGGACGCCGUUGAAGGAUGAGGAGGGUCGGGUGAGGUGGGUUGUUUUGAGUAUUGCGCCGAAGAUUUAGAGGAGAGGGAGGGAGGCGUUUUGGGGUUUGUUGUGUUUGGAAAAGGUUUGGGAUGAUUUGAGCAGAGGGUGGGACAUUUGUUUGAUACCGGGUUCGGAUGAUGAUGCGGUAAUGUUGAUGAUAUAUGGUUGACGUUGUACGAGUACGCAUAUGUUGGAAGCUAUAUAUACAGCAG